ACUCAUUAUUUUCCUUCCACUAUUUUCCAAAUAUAUACUUCUAAACUAUCUUACAUUUGAGAGAAUAUAAAUAAGAACUUUGUUGUAUAUCUAAUAUAUAUAAUUCAUACAUUUACCAAAGAGAAUAAAUUAUCUAAUGGAGAAUGAGAAAUGCUCGAGAAAGGAGGUAGGCGGUUCUCUUCCAGUUGAGAAUGUGCAAGAACUCGCUUCUAAGAACCUAAAAGACGUACCGGUCAGAUAUAUCCGGCCAGAACUGGAAUCUGAUGAAGUUUCCAACGAUGAUCUCCAAAUUCCGAUAAUCGAUAUGAGCAAGCUCAUCGACGGCAAUGAAUAUGAAUUAGCUGCGCUUCAUACGGCUUGUAAAAAUUGGGGCUUCUUUCAGUUAAUAAAUCAUGGAGUAGAAGAAGAAGUAAUUGAGAAAAUGAAAAUGGAUGUUAAAGAGUUUUUUAAGCUACCAUUAGAGGAGAAGAAGAUUUGUGCUCAGGUGCCUAAUAACAUAGAAGGAUAUGGACAAGCCUUUGUUGUUUCUCAAGAACAAAAGCUUGAUUGGGGUGAUAUGCUCUUCCUUCUUCCCCAACCUCUGUCUCAAAGAAAUAUGAGAUUUUGCCCUACUAAUCCCACUUCUUUUAGAGCAACCCUUGAUGAGUACUCAUUAGAGCUGCAAAGAAUUUCAAUAUGCUUGGUGAGGUUCAUAGGCAGGAAUUUGGGGAUUGACCCAGAAAAGCUUGCAAGCAAGUUUAAAGAUGGGACACAAGGGAUAAGAAUGAAUUAUUAUCCACAUUGUGCUGAAGCACAUAAGGUGAUAGGCCUAAAUACACAUUCUGAUGCAAGUGGACUGACCUUAUUAAUUCAAGCAAAUCAAGUACACGGAUUGCAAAUCCACAAGAAGGGUAAAUGGAUACCCAUCAAACCCAUCCCAGGUGCAUUUUUAAUUAAUAUUUGAGAUAUUAUUGAGAUAAUGAGCAAUGGACAAUAUAAGAGCAUAGAGCAUAGAGCUGUUGUCAAUCCGGAAAAGGAAAGGCUUUCAAUUGCAGCAUUCCACAGUCCAAACAUGAAUGCAAUGAUAGGACCUUUGGAAGAUCUUAUCAAAGACGAAAAAGCAAAUUACAAAACAGUAACACAUUACGAAUAUAUAAGGCUUGUUGUUACCAGAAAACUUGAUGGUAAAAGCCUAAUAGGCCAUAUGAAAUUAUUAUGAGAGUGAAGAGGUUUCAAUGGAAA